AUGUUUAAGAACUUCUACGGCCAAUCGCAGCCGCCGAGGUCGCCGUCGAAACCGCCGGACGCGGCGGCGAAAUUCCUCGCGCACUCGCGGAGCAUGCCGCCGUUCCGCAACCCCGCGGCCGCCGGCGCAGCGGGCGCAGGCGGAGGCGCAGCGGGGAGCUUAGCCCCCCCGCUCCCCACGACACUCUCGUCCUCCUCCUCCGCCUCCGCCACUCCGAUUUUUAACGACGAGCCGACGAGCGAUAUCCAUAUCGAGAUCUUAAACCGUAAGGGGGAGCUGCACGCGGUUCUUAAUCUCCACACCUCCGUGCUCCGCGAGCAGAGCGACUAUUUCUUCAACGCGCUCGCGAAGCGCGCCGUGCGCGACCCGAUCCAAGGCGCGACGAUCUCGCACGACGCCGCGGGCACCACCUUCACGAUCCAGGCCAGCGGCCACGUGGCAGACCCCGACGCUUACGUGUCAACCUUCCGCAUGUUCUACCUAGAAGAGGAGGAGCUUCCCGACGAGAUCCAAUGCUUAGGCUCCGUAUGGCGCGUUCUAGAAACCCUAGUAGUUUCCUCGGAGCUACAGUUCCACAUGUGCACGAGCGCGUGCGUGGAUUACCUCGAAUCUGUACCGUGGAACGACGAUGAGCUGGAGGAGAUCCUACGGCUGGUAUCGCAGCUGGAGCAUCUGCAGGACGCGCGGCCGAUCCUCGACCGUCUGCCGGUGCGCACGUGGGACGAGGAGAGCAUCUCCGACGCGCUUCGCAUCCUGCUCAUCCGCGCCGUCGCGUUUCACGACAGCCGCCAGGGCGCGGGGAAGGCGGAGGGGGAAGAGUCCGCGGGGCGGGGGGCGGUGGGGGCGGGAAGGGGCGGCGGAAAGGCGGCGGAGGUGGCUCCGGGGACGAUUGAGUGCCGGGAGGCGGCGAGCGCGAUCCUGCGGAACCGCCACGAGCCGACUCUUAGUCUUAAGACCAAGAAGGCGGUUCUUAGAGAGACGUUCGUCGACCUCCUACAGUGCCUUUGGUCCGAGCAGCGGGAGUUAAAGCGUAGAAACUCGUCGUGCACGCGCGCCGCCGCGGCUGCUAUGGCAGGAGCGGGAGCGGGCGGGGGCGCGGGAGGCGGAGCGCCGAGCCCGUCCCCGCGCACCCCUAGAGACACUCCGCUUCCUGUCCCCGCCACGUCCCCCGCAGGGGCGCGCGGGGAAGCCUCCCCCGCCGCGCAGCAUGACGCCCCCGCGCCGUCCCCGCGCCCGCGGGGGGAGGAGCAGGCAGGCGCGGGUGGCGGGGGGUUGAGCGGGGAUGACGAGGGGAUGCUGGAGAUGGUAUACGGGGCGCAAGGCGCGCUGACGUGGCUCGUGGGGCUGAUGCUCGAAUUCGCAAUGGCGGACGAGGUCUUUAAGUGGCUCGCUACCGAUAACGAGUUCGUCUCACAGGUUCGGCAGAGCUGCUCCCUGACGCAGCGGCAGGCUCGGGCCGAGCCUGCCGAUUCGGAGGGCCUGCUGGCAGCCCAGGCGGUAGGUCCGGGAUUCGCUAAGAGCUUCAGUUUCUCGACGCAGGGGCUGGAGACUGUUAACGAGGAUGAGGGGGGCGCGGAGGGCGGGGCGGGGGAGGGGGAGGAUGGCGGGUUAGACAGUGUUGGGACUCCGGGGAAAGGGCAGGCAGGGGGAAGCGGAGGGGGAGGCGGAGGGGGAAGCGGAGGGGGGAGUGGAGGGGGAGGGGUGGGGGCGGCAGCGGGGGCGGUGCCUCCGGGGGCGCUGUACGUGGUGAAGUCAGCGCUAGUGGGAACCAUGAGUGCAAUGCUAUCGAAGCGGCUUGUAGCGAAUCCGCAGCUGCGCGUGUCGUUUGUGCGGCUGUGGCUGCCCGUGCUGCUGGAAAUCUGCACGUCUGUUAGCAGUCGCGGUGGCAGCAUCGGGAGAAACGGCAGCAACGGGAGCAGCAGCAGCAGCAGCAGCAGCAGCAGCAGAGAACACCCUUCAUCCACCCUUGCUCAACCUGCUCCUACUAGCACACCCAACGCCAAAUCCCAACAGCAGCACCACCAACAGCAGCAGCAGCAGGUGCGGUACCAGCUGUUAGGUUUCGACCUAACCCCAGAGGAGCGGACAGCACUAGUGUCCGGAUUCAAUGAACUUGUUCUCACCCUGCCGGCUCACGAGCAGCUCAACACCUACACCCUCUGGUAUCAAAUCGCCUUCUGGACAAAACACGCCGGCCCUUCCCCCCACGCCCUCCCGCCCCUGCCGUCGCCUAUUGCCGCCGCUGCUGCUGCCGCCCGCGCCUCUCUCUUCUCCUCCCGCCCUGCGCUCCCGGAGCUCGCGAUUCCAGAAGUGGGAGGGGCGGAAGGGGGAAGCGGAGGGGGAAGAGGAGGGGGGAGUGCAGCAGGGGUGGUUGAGAGGGAGGAGAGCUGGUUCAACCUGUCUUAUGCUUAUCGCUGUGCUGAGGCAGGCUGUGCUGAGGCAGGCUGUACUAUUGAGGCGGGCUCUCAGGGGACGGGGAUUUUGGAUUCUGCUCAUUUAGACACGGGGCAAUACGUACGCAUGGCACAGGGUGGUGGUGGGUUGUCUCGGGUGGUUGAUGGCUCUUCACUGCCCCUUUCCCGGACCGUGUGCAGUGCGCGUGUCUAG